AUGUCCCACGGGACCUACUACGAGUGCGAGCCCAGGGGCAGCCAGCAGCCACUCGAGUUCCCAGGGGGCCGAGCUGCCGGGCCGGGGGAGCUGGGGGACAUGUGUGAGCAUGAAGCCUCCAUCGAUCUCUCGGCCUACAUCGAAUCUGGGGAAGAGCAGCUCCUCUCCGAUCUCUUUGCCAUGAAGCCGGUCCCGGAGGCCCGCGGCCUGAAGGGGCCAGGGAGCCCUGUCUUCCCUCACUACCUGUCGGCUGACCCCAGGUCCUACGCCUAUCCUUCGCACAACUUCGGCCCGGACAGGAAGGUGUUGGGGCAAGGAAUCUACAGCGGCAGCCCGGGAGGCUACGACCCCAGAGCUGUGGCCGUGAAGGAGGAGCCUCGGGGACCCGAGGGCAGCCGGGGUGGCAGCCGAGGUGGCAGCUACAAUCCCCUGCAGUACCAAGUGGCACAUUGCGGGCAGACGGCCAUGCACCUGCCUCCAAGCCUACCGGCACAGGGCCAGCCCCUGCGCGUCCUCAAGGCCCCCUUGGCCGCAGGCGCAGCGCCUCCCUGCAGCCCCCUCCUCAAGGCGCCCUCCCCGGCCGGCCCCUCGCACAAGGGCAAGAAGGCAGUGAACAAAGACAGCCUGGAGUACCGGCUGCGGCGCGAGCGUAACAACAUUGCCGUGCGCAAGAGCCGAGACAAGGCCAAGCGACGCAUCCUGGAGACGCAGCAGAAGGUGCUGGAGUAUAUGGCGGAGAACGAGCGCCUCCGCAGCCGCGUGGAGCAGCUCACGCAGGAGCUGGACACCCUGCGCAACGUCUUCCGCCAGAUCCCCGAAGCAGCCAACCUCAUCAAGGGCGUUGGGGGCUGCAGCUGAACCCCCGCGGGUGGAUGAUGGACUGUGGGCGGGCGGCAGCGGCUGCGCUGCUUUGGCAUGGCCAGGCGACAAGACCAGGAUGGCCCUAGAGCUUGAGCCCAAGACAUUGACUGUGGACGGAUGGCCGAGGGCUGGGAAAGUCGGGACAGGACCCGGGUUGGUGACUGUUGAAGCUGAAUAAAGCUACACCGUGCCUGGGG